AUGUAUUUUAUUUUCUUUUAUAAUAGUGCAGCAGAUACAGUCAGUGCAAAAGAUAAAGAUAGAUAUAGUACUGAACAAAUUGAAAAGUGUUAUUUUACAAUGAACAAAAAGAUAUUGAAAUCAAACAAACUAGUAUUACUAGAACAAGCUGUGAUGACCGAUCUCGAAGAUCAAGUACCUCUUCACUUUCCAAAACUAAAGAUUCAAGAUCAAAAGAGAUACUUUGAAGGUCAUUCACAAAACAUUCAAAGAGAAGAAGAUAAACAGAUAUUCAUUGGUUUCUUUCAAGAUGAAUUCACAAAUUGGAAAUGUGAUUUUAAAAAUGUAAGUUUUAAAAAGAGAAUUAAGAUUAUUAACUAG